AUGGCCUACGCCGCUACUUCUUCGUCUUCGACCAUGAACGGCGAUACUCCCCCCAAUUUAAAACUCACCACCUCCCUCCCCAAACCCCCAAAAUUACAUCAUGUCAUCACCUCUGUUCCUCCCGCUCCGAAUCCCUCCUCCGCUCCUCCUUACCCAUCUUCCAUCUCCAAGACUCCGAAUUCUCUAAAACCGAUCCGCAACUCUUCGAAUGCUUCCAGUCCCUCUGGGACUCCUUUGCACGCUGCUACCGACAGUUUCAGAGGACGUGUACCUCCAUUUCCUCCUCUCCCUUCCGCCCCGUUCGACCUCGGAGAGUCGAUCAUGGCUGUCCCCGGAUACGCCAAUGCCUCGGGCUCGGGUGACUCCCUUGCGAAUCCGAGCAAAGCCCCCGGUCUGAUGCGUCGAAUCUCUCGGGGCGCCGCCAACAAACUCACCCGACGCCGGCAGUCCACCUCCCACAACGACAAGCGCGACCGCAGCUCUGGACCUGUCAUCAUGCGCCGCCGCAGUGAUAGCAAAACGGGUGCCGCAAAUAGCCGUGAAAACGCUCUGGAAUCCAGCAAUGAGGAAGACAGCAACGACACGCUUGAUUCUCUCGGUGCUUGGUACGGCGGGGAGUCUUCUAGCCUGCCCAGCGACAAUUUCAUGGCCGCCCAUCGCAAUUCAGGGGCUGUGGCACCCAAGGUCGAUUCGGCGAUCCAGCGUGGCACUGUCCUGACCAAGGUCACCCGGAAACGACGAAAGCAAGUGCGCUUCUUCCUGGAUCUCGAUGCGGGCAAAGUAUACUGGGACGUUUCCAACCCGUCCAAGCGCUUCUACAUUGACGACAUCAAAGAGAUCCGCGUUGGUGCAGAUGCGCGCAACUACCGGGAGGAGCAUCAGGUCCCGCAAGAUGCAGAGAGUCGAUGGUUCACAAUUGUCAUCGCUGACGCUGAACGAUCCAAGGGUCGUGCUGUCAAGACGCUCCAUCUGAUCGCCCCGAAUGACCGCAUUCUCGACCUUUGGACGACCACUCUUGAGCAUAUCUCGCGAUAUCGGAUUGGCUUGAUGGCUGGGCUGGCUGGUUCUGGCCAAAGCGAAGCGGUUCUUAAGGCCCACUGGCAGCGCGAGAUGUCCCGGCUUUAUCCCCAGGGGCUGAAGCCUGGUGAAGAAGGGACCCUUGACUUUGAGGCAGUGGAGAGUGUUUGUCGGAAUCUGCAUAUCAAUUGCUCCAAAAAUAUGCUUCGCGCACAGUUCUCCAAAGCCGACUCUAGCAGAACCGGUAGCCUGAGCUUUGCUGAGUUUCGGGAUUUCGUCGCGCGGUUGAAAGAGCGGAAGGAUGUCAAGGACAUACUCAAGCAUCAUGCCAAGGAUGCCAAGGAGGGCCUCACUCUCGAUGAAUUCCUGGUUUUUCUUCGCGACGUUCAACAUGAAGAUGUGGAUGCUGACCGGACCUACUGGAUUUCCAUCUUCGAUAAGCUCGUCCGAAAAUCCCGCUCCAGUGCGCAGAGUACCCCUGUAUCAGGAGAAGAACCCGCCCCUCGAAUGGGCCUGGAAGCAUUUACAUCCUUUUUGGCCUCGUCCUGGAACGGGGUUCAUGCUUCCCGCCCCCCUCAGUCGCGAUUUGAUCGCCCGUUGAACGAAUACUUCAUCUCGAGUUCGCACAACACCUACCUCCUGGGCCGUCAGGUGGCUGGUGCGUCCAGUACCGAAGCGUACAUUAGCGCAUUGUCACAGGGCUGUCGCUGUGUGGAAAUCGAUUGCUGGGAUGGCGCCGAUGGUCGGCCGAUUGUCUCUCAUGGAAGAACUUUAACCACCAGCGUCUUGUUCGCUGACUGCAUUACGGUGAUCAACCGAUACGCUUUUAUCACCACGGACUUCCCACUUAUCCUGUCGCUGGAAGUCCAUUGCAACCCCGAACAGCAGCUGGCGAUGGUGAAGAUCAUGAAGGACACCUUCAAAGAGCAACUCGUGCUGGAGCCGUUGAUGAACAACAGUUUUGUCCUUCCGUCGCCGGAGGAGCUGAAAGGCCGCAUUCUCGUGAAAGUCAAAACUUGCGAUGAGACCCAGGGAGACAUGCGUCAGGAGUCCGGAAGCUCUGUGGGCAGUGCUGGACGGAAACGCAGCUCGAGUUCACCUUUCAUUCGCCCAGCUGUGCCUGAAAACCCCGUUAUUAUGACUCUGCCGCCUCUGUCCAGUCCCCCGACUAUUGGCCCCGAUAGCUCCGGCUCAUUUGUCACUCAAGAUAGACGAUCAUUUACCACCACCAGCGUCAGCAGCGCCACGGAGGACAGCGAUGGUGCAAUGGCGUCCGUGAAGCGCGAAAGAAAAGGACGCCAGAAAAGCAAAAUCACGAAGCCUCUAUCCGACUUGGGUGUGUACACCAAAGGAUACAAAUGGAGCAGCUUUCACUCGUCGGAAAGCCAGCGGUACAACCACGUGUACUCUUUCGCUGAAAGAUCCUUCGAGAGUAUCUCUCGUGAUACGGAGAACAAGGCGCUCUUUGACAGGCAUAACCGAAAGUAUCUCACCCGCGUCUACCCGUCUGCCUUUCGUUUGCGCUCUUCCAACUUCGACCCUCUCAAGUUCUGGCGACGUGGUGUGCAGAUGGCGGCGUUGAACUGGCAGACGUACGAUAUUGGGAUGCAGUUGAAUCAGGCCAUGUUUGCUGCCGGAAGCGACCGCACAGGUUACGUUCUGAAGCCAGAAUCGCUCCGUGCGCUAAGUCCUCUUGACGAGCAGAAGAAGAGCACCGAGAGGAAUCUGGUUCGUUUUUCGGUUGAUGUCAUUUCGGCCCAGCAACUGCCUCGGCCGCGGAGUCUGGGACCCGAGGAUAACAUCAACCCCUACGUGGAGAUCGAGAUGUUCAGUGCAGACGAUCGAGGCCAGAGUUUCGUUUUUGGCGAAGGGGGCAUGAAUGCCUCGGCUCGCAAUGGGAUGUCCGGAAUCGGGUAUCCUCAUCGCCGACGUACCAAGAUCGAACAGAGUAACGGGUAUAGCCCCAUCUUCAACGACCGCUUCAGGCUGUCGUUGGAGACCAAGUACCCUGACUUGGUGUUCGUGCGGUGGACCGUCUGGAGUUCCUUGGAUGGCCGUAGCACCGGCAAUAACAGCGGUGUUCAGCUCGCCACAUACACAGCGAAACUCAGCAGUCUGUCCCAAGGCUACCGCUACCUACCGUUGUACGACGGUGGCGGCGAUCAAUAUCUGUUCUCGACCUUGUUCUGCAGGAUCAGCAAGGAAGAUCCUGUGCCUGUGCAGCGGCUCGAUGCGGAAGAGCUCCGCGCGGAACGCUUGGGAAUCCUUCGUCAGAUCGGACAGACUGUGUUCAAGCGCACCUCGUCCACCGAACGAGAGAGAGAUCUCUUGACGGAAAGAGGCAGUGAGACGCCAACUAGCCCUGAGGACAGGGACACAUCUCCUGCACUGACACCUACCGUGUCUACAGCAUCAACCGCAUCAUUCCCGCCUUACUGA